UUAGACUGCGAUCCCGGAAGUGACCUGUUCUCCGUGGACUGUAGAGAAUGAUGGCGGGGGAGACUUCUGUGGAGCUAUUAUUUUUAGAUACAUUUAAGCAUCAGAGUGCAGAGAUAACCAAUGUUGAUGUGGUGCGAUUUCCAUGUGGAGUCUUAAUAACAGAAGUGCGGGUCAUUCCUCCAGGAUUAAAAGCUCACAGCAGUUUACCUGAUAACAGAGCAUUUGGUGAGACCUCUCCUCAUGCAUUUCAGCUGGAGAUAUUCUUCAAUAACGUCACCAAGCCCAACUGCUCCACCUUCCACAGACUGGGCAGUCUUGAAUAUGAUGAAAACAAGUCUAUUGUUUUCCGACCAAGUGGAAAGGUGAACACGGAUGGCCUAGUUCUGCGUGGAUGGUACACAAGUCUGACAGUGGCUGUUUAUGGGACCGCAGAGCGUUCCCAUGGACACGAUCAAGGCUCACCCCCUCCACCACCUCCCCCUCCCCCUCAGCAGCAGAGUGGGCUCAAAAGAGCAAAGCAAGAAUGGGAAAAAGAUGAGCAUUACAAUGGGAGUCCCCCCAGACUGGGUCCCAGGGGGCCACGCACACCGCCUGGGCCUCCUCCACCAGAUGAUGACGAUGAUGAACAACUCCCAAUGACAAUGGGCAUUGUUAAAGUGGAGCCAUGCGAGGGUCGUGAUGACUACCUGGAGGCGGUCUCCCCUGAGCGGUCGCUGCCAGCAGAUGAGCCGUACUCUGAUGCUGAGGCAGAGGAGGAGGGUGAAGAGGACGAGGAAGAGGAGGACCCAGAUGAGGCACGCAGUGAUGGCAGUGCUCUGGAGGAUGAAGAGGAGGAUGAUGAGGGUGAGGACCAGGACUUAGAGGAAGAUAAUGAUGGCUACGAGCAGAUUUCCAGUGAUGAAGAUGACCUUGAUAAUGGCAGCUUCAAACUGCCGACAUUUGACAUGGAUUACACAGCCGAGGACCUGGCUUCAGUUCCACCUGUUCAAUAUGAUCCAUAUGAGCGAGAGCUCAGGCCAAUGCAGUACUUCAGUCCUCCAUAUAAAACACGCUUUGAAACUCAGCUGGAGAAGGCCAGUUUGGAGGAGCCCAUGGACCCUGGAGGCACAGAGGAGAGUGCUGGAGAAGAGGCUGAGGCUGUCGCUCAGCUCAGAGAGCUGCAGGCUUCUGUUGGAGCAGACAGAGAUGCCCGCUGGGUCACUGCACUGGAGGAGGCUCCAGGACUGCUGUUUAAAGGAUUAGCUUCUUUAAUUAAACAGUGUGAGGGGGAGGAUAAGGUGGAAGAACAAAUAUCCACAUUUGUCCAAUGGGCUCUCCUAGCUCUGAAUAUGGACAUUGCUCUGACACAACCCAUAGCUCUGAACCUCAGGCAGCUGAAAGCAGGGGCCAAACUGGCCUCAAACUUGGCAGAAUGCCCACAGGGCCUGGCUGCGCUGCUCCGAGACGGGGCCUUAAACGUGCUGCUGCAGCUUCUUCACACGGACCACGUCUCCUCAACACUGAAACUCAGCCUUCUUAAGGCACUGGACUCUCUGAUUAGCGCUCCUGCUGGUGUGGAGUCCUUCCUGCACUCAGAGAACGAAGAGAAGAGUGGAUACCAGCACUUGGUUCAUUUAUUUUUGCGUGAAGAAACAGUAAGAGUUAUAACAGCUGGAAACGCCAUUCUUCAGAAAAGUCAUGUUUAUGAGGUGCUGGCAGAUUUACAGCGAUCUGCAGACUCCCUCAGUGAGCGUGAGCCUGUUCAGGAGGACGUGGAGGGUGCUGAGAGCCCGAUGGAGGAGGACCCGCCCCUCAGCUCAUCUGCAGUAAGUGAGGCUGAGCUGGAUCGACUUGCUGGUCUUUUGGAGGAAUUGCAUCAUUUGUUGGAGACUGCUCCUCAUUGCAUGGUUCAACCACCCGGAAAAGCAUUCCCCACUACAGCCAGAAUAACAGGGCCACAGGAAAGAGAUGACCCCUACCCAACAUUGUACAGGUACAUGCACGCGUGUCACUUCUUGGAGAGCGUUACCUUGGUGCUGUCAGCCGCCGCCGCUGCUGGACACUUGGGCAUCAUACAAGGCAUCAAGGAGCUUCUGCGAUUCCUGUCUCUCACUCAGUCUGGCCUGUUGUUUCUUCUGUCUCAACCUACUCCAUCAAACCUCUUAUUACGACUUCUGGCUUCUGUAACUGAGGCGGAGAAUGAAGAGAUACUUUUUACAGGAGGAGAAAGUGCACUCAACGGCCCUGGGUUUGGCGAAGAAGGAUUUGGAGUGUGGUUAAUGCAGGCUCUACAUGCUCUCCAAAGUGUAUCAGAGCUCAUGAGUCAUGUGAACGCAGGGGGAGAGGGAGGAGUGGGACUAGAAGAAGGCGACAAUGCAGAGAUACUUGGUCUGCUAAACAGUCUCUAUGUGAUGACGUUCACUCAGACUGGACGCAGUGCUGUGGCUCAUGUCUUCAGCUUGGACAGUAAUAUCUCCUGUCUGGUCACUCUGCUCCAACACUACAGCAAGGAAGGCCAAGGAGACACCAAAGCUCGCAAAGCAGUCACCUACAACUAUGCGUGCAUGCUAGUCUUACUGGUGGUGCAGAACUCCAAUGAGCUCAGGAUGAUGGAACACUUUGGUGCCCCUUUGCUGACCAUUGCAAAGGCCGAUGAGACAAAUGCUAAGCUACAGGAACUUAGUAAAUGGUUGGAGCCUCUGGACAAGCUACGGUUUGAAAUGGGCAGUAUUCCCUCACUCAUAGAAUACAUUAAACAGAAUGUGGAGAAUGUGUUGACGGCUGAUGGGACUGGACUCGUCACUGCUCUGAGAAUUCUCGGACACCUCGCCUGUCCCUCACCUCCCACUGAAGGUCAACAGAAAGACCUUAAAUGGAGCCUUGCGGUGGUACAGCUGUUUUCAGGAGAGGGUCUAGAUACUUGCGUGCGUGUGCUACAGAAACUGUGCAGUGUUUUACUCCAGCCUUGGCGUCUCCAUGGACACAUGGGCCCCACCCCUCAGCGCUGCAUGAUCAUCAGCAUCUGUAUUACCACCCUGCGACUGCUAAGGACCAUGUUAACAGAGCUGUUGAGAGGAGGGGCUUUUCAGUUUAGAGACACUCGAGUUGCCAGUGUUUUGGUCACUCUUCAUAUGACUGUGUGCUCCAUUCCCGCGUCCGGCCGUCUGGAUGGAGAGGAGAUGAGAGUACAGGCACUGAUAGUGGAUAUACUGCUCACUUUCACACAAGGAGUCAAUGAAGAGGUGACUCACACUGAAGAAACACUGGCAAGUAACACAUGGUCGCUGAUGCUGAAAGAGGUGAUCAGCUCACUCCUCAAAGCUCCUGAAGGACUUUUCUCAGGUCUCACUUUACUGUCUGAGCUGCUUCCUCUGCCACUCCCAAUGCAGAGCACACAGGGCAUUUCAGUUCAGGAUGUAGCUGUGGCUCUAAACACCAGAAAGCUGUGGAGUAUGCAUCUGCGUGCCAAGUGGAAGGAGUUCUCUGAGGUGUUCACGUGUGUCAGUCCCACGACCUGCCCCCCGCUGGUUGCCAUGUUAAGGAGGGUGUGUGUGCAGAUGGCUGACCUCUCCUCGACCACAGCGACACUCAUCAUGAAAACUGUACUGGAGCAGCUACUGGAGGAACUACAGCCCGCUGAGGGCAAGUGUGUGUGUUGGGGUCAGGUGUCUCGUCUCCUCUCUCUGAUGGACGCUCUGGUGUCACAGAGGGCCUGUAAAAGUGCUGCGUUACAUCUUCUGUCUGGGUCUGUGUCCGGAGAUGAAACACUGGCUGAGCUGUUUCCCAUGCUCCUGUCGCUACUGGCGCCCCCUUCAGACCAAACCCUGCAACAACAGUGCAGUGAACUUGUGGGCACCAUUAUACAGUCACUGUGUGACCAGGAUAUUUCACUGGUGGUGUCUACUCCUGGUGAAGGCUGUGUGUCAGAAGUGGAGCAGUUGGCCAAUUCUCUUCCGGGUCGAGAGAUGAUUUCUUCAGUCUGUAACUCCUUGUUGGAGGUUUUGGGGAACUCUGAAAGCACCGUGUCACUCCUCCUCACCUGCAUCCGAACUCUGACAUUCCUCACUGAGCACGACUACGGUCUAUACCACCUCAAAAUCUCUUUGAAGAAACACAGUACAAGCUUGUACUCACUGCUGAAAAGACAGGCUUUUCCAUUCAACAAAGACUCUGCAGAUCUACUCUCUACUUUGCUUGACUUCCUCAGACAGAUCCUCAACACAGAAUCAAUGUGUGUUGAAGAGGCCCAGUCCCGUAGUGACGAGCCAGUCUUCACCCCCCCACGGCUGCUCACGGGGUCCGAAAUGAAAGCUCUUCUGCAGUGGGAGGACUCAGAAUCACAUCCACUGCCCACUUUAGAGAAAACGAUCACGAAACUAUGCAAAGAGGAUGAGUCACUGGAAACGAUGUUGGAGAAUGUGAUCGUUCUGAGGCAGACUCUUGAAUCGGCCUCAGACUCGGCUCCAGCUCUGGACUCAGAACCUCCGCUGCCUCCGCCCGAACCCCUCGCCGCACAGUUUAACCACAGGACUGUUUACAUACUGUCAGAAGCUCUGGAUGAACAGCUGAAGGCUCUCUGGUUUUCUCCUUUCCAAAAUGAGGACAUUGAGCCUGAUCUUGAUAUGGUGAAGGUGGACCUGAUGGGCUUGGCUCAGGAGUGUUGUCCUGAGCUCGAUCUGAAGUCUGAACUGGAGCGCUCCUUUUUGUCUGAGCCUUCGUCUCCAGGACAUGCCAAACCUCCCAAAGGAUUCAGACUGGGCAAGCACAAGCACGAGACGUUCAUCACAUCCAGUGGAAAAAUGGACUACACUGAGCCAGCUAAAAGAGCCCACAUAAUGGCAGCACCUCGGGGUCGCGGAGGUCGUGGUGGAUUCGGACAGAACCUCUCUCGUCCUCAUGAUAUUUUCCGCCAGCGUAAACAAAACACGUCGCGUCCCCCCAGUAUGCACGUGGAUGACUUUGUGGCUGCAGAGUUUAAAGACAUUGCUCCGGUCGGGCUGCUACCCCCAAAGAGACCCCCAAAAAGCACCCCCAAACCCCCCACCCGAGGACUGUUCACAGGAAACAGGGGCAGGGCAACGUUCAACAGCCAAACGCGAUUUUUCACUCCUCCACAACCAAAAGGAGUCCUGCUCUCCGGUAACUACACUCGCAGAGAGGGUGGGCGUGGUUCUUCGUGGAGCGCUCAAGUCCCGGCAGUCACACACAGAGGGACCUACAGCGAACCGCGAGGAGGUCAGAGCAACUUCACCAGGGGGCCGCUUCCUUCAAGACAACCUCCUGCUGGGGCGUAUCGUCUUGCUCCUCGGGACAGGGCUCCACGGGGCAGAGGGGGCACUGGGCUUUCAUGGUUGAGUGGAGGAGGGGGCAGCGCAGGAGGAGGAGGGGGAGGAAGGGGGUCCCAAGGUAGCAAGUUCAGUGGAGGAGGGAGCGGAGGAGGGAGGGGCCGGCAUGUCCGCUCCUUCACCAGGUAAAUGGACAUUAUCAUGCCUAAUAAGAAUACAGACUUUGUUUUUUGUUUUGUUUAACAUGAACUGUAAUCUGAGGUCUUAAUGAACAAUUACUCAGUACUGAGACAUUUUUAUUAUGUGGACAUUAGUGACUUUAACUGUUGUAAAAAUGUUAAGAAAAUAUUUAAUAA